AUGAGUAAAAACCGAGGUCUACCACCACUGAUGUCGUCUGUCCCGAAUUAUAAUCAGUUUUUUAGAUCAGCUGAGAAUACAAAUGACCAUCGAAUUGAUGAUAUGGGUGGUCCAAGAGAUUUUCAAAAUAGACAAAUUCACGGACAAGGACCAAGACAGAAUGCAAUUGAGAAGAGAUUGAAUCAGGCACUACAGCAGCCAGUUGAUUUGGGAAAAGGAGAGAGUAUGAUGAAGAAAAUGGGCUGGUCUGGUGGAGGGUUGGGCAGGUCUGGAGAAGGUAUUGUGGAACCCAUCGCACCAAAUGCUGCAUAUGUAAGUCCACAUAAAUGUAAUCGUAACAUUAGUACAGAUAGUUUGUACGGAGUGGUGGCUAGCCGACUAAAAAAGCUCUUAGAAGAAGUCUGUAAAGCUGUUGCUGUGCUCCUUUAA